UACCUAUCAAUUAUCUUCCGAAAGGUUUUUCUUGGAAUAGGAUUAAUUUUAAAUUUUAGAUAAAGCUAAAACCUGGACAUUAAAACUCAAUAAAGUGAAAAUAUUUAAUUACUAAUAAAUUUUCCAUCAUCCAAACGUCGUCCUUUCUAAAUGUUUUCGACGUUCCCAAUAGCAUGCCACGAAAAAAACCGUACAGUGGAAAACAAAAGAAAGAACAACUGAAAAAGAAAAGACAAGAUACAGAUACGGGAUUGGGUACUAAACAUGGCGUUCCCAAGCCAACAGUGACACAUCACUUGAGUGAUUUAGACUCAGAAGAAUCAAUACAAACAUCACUUGCAAGAUCAUAUAUUUACAAAAAAAGCCAUCAAGAACCAGAUCCUAGUAGGUUCAGUGGAAGACCAUAUGACCCUGAUAGGUACAAACUUUUUUUCCAAAAUGAAACUAAUGAAGAAAUUGAAAAAAGAAAAGAGCGAGCACGAAAACCUAUCAUUCGUUACACCAAGCAUGAACUGGAAUUUACUCUUGAAGACAUCUAUAAACCAGGAACAGUUUUGGACAUGCCAAAAAGACCGAAAUGGAACUACCAAAUGGACAAGAGACAAGUUGAAGCAAACGAAGAAUCGAUGUUUCGACAAUACAUUAAAAACAUAAAGCAAGAACAUCAAAGCACAGAAAUUAGUUACUUUGAGAUGAACCUUGAGACAUGGAGACAAUUAUGGCGGGUUUUAGAAGUAUCUAACAUUGUUGUGAUUAUCACAGAUGUUCGUUAUCCAAUCAUUCAUUUUUCGCCCACUCUCUACGCAUAUGCCAGAUUUGACCUGAAGAAAGAUGUGAUUCUUGUUCUAAACAAAAUUGAUCUUGUCUCACCUGAAGUUGUUGUAGCUUGGAAAGAUUACUUCCAGGGGAAAUUUCCUGACCUUAAUAUAAUAUGUUUCACUUCAUUUCCAAAAGACUCCGAAGAAAUAAGGCAAAUGGAAGUUAAAGUCAAGAAACGUUCACGAAGACGAAAGAAACGAUCAUUUAUUCCAGUUGGACCAAGAGAACUGCAUCGUGUGUGUCAAAAUCUCAUGCAUGGCAAAGUGAACUUGAAGGAUUGGCUGAAUCAUAUUGAAAAUCAAGAAGACAACACGAACGAAGGAGUGUCGUAUGAAGAAUGUUUGUCUUCUGAUGAAGAUGAAGAUGAUAGCACGAUAUGUGAAGACGUUGAGAAACAAGAAGGAAUUUUAACCAUAGGACUCGUGGGUCAUCCAAAUGUCGGGAAGUCUUCAUUACUUAAUGGUCUUAUUGGUAGAAAGGUUGUGAGCUGCUCAAGGACUCCAGGUCAUACGAAACAUUUUCAAACAAUAUUUUUGACGCCAUCUGUACGGUUGUGUGACUCUCCUGGUCUGGUUUUUCCAUCUCUGGUUGACAAAAGACUACAGAUCCUCUCAGGAACAUAUCCUAUUGCUCAAGUCAGAGAACCGUAUUCCGUUGUUGGGUAUUUAGCAGCAUGCACCCCCCUGGAGAAGAUUCUCAAUCUUGUGCAUCCAAAGGCAACCCAAGAAGAUGAUGAGAAUACUCUCGUGGAUCUAAAGUGGUCUGCAUGGGAUAUCUGUGACGCUUGGGCGGAACAGAGAGGUUUUCACACAGCGAAAGCAGGAAGACCUGACACCUACAGAGCAGCUAACAAUCUUUUGAGAUUGGCAACAGAUGGAAAGAUUGUCAUUUGCCUUUAUCCCCCGGGAUAUACAUCAAAAGAAGAAAUUUGGAAAGCAAACCCUGAGACAAAGGAAAUCGCAAAAUUGCAACAGCAAUUUAGCGAUUUGAAACAGUGGCGAUUAGACGAGGCCGCCAGAGCACAUGAGAGUGGGUCAUCGGAGAAUACUGAUGAAGAGAUUGGUAGCCAGGAAGAAAUUGACAUGCAAAAUGCCUUCUCGUUGUUACAACUAGAAGACUAAAGAACAAUUUAUAUACGUUGGGGGAAAUUAUGUACAGAGAUGUCAAAUGUAUCUUUAAGUUUAUACUGCAUGGUCAAACCAUAUUCAAAUUGAAUUGAAUGUUUGAGCAACGAUGCUAAUAUAUUGUAGCAAUGGAAUAAACAAAUGUUAUUCAAAUAAAAUUAAAUAUAUUCAACGAUAUACUAUGAAAUCAGACCUUACUGUUGCUUAUUUUCCCAACGUAUUCCAGCAGAUGAAAUCAAACAGCAAUAUUUAUAUACCAUAUGUAAUUGAGCAGUAAAAUCAACAGCCUCAAAUUCGAGAGACAGUCAAUAAAACCUCCGUGAAAUAUCAAGAAUGACUUGAACGACAUGGAGACAACGACGAGGCUAAACGCUUAAUUG